AUGAUUCGUAGGAGCAGUAAUAAGGCUACCAGACUCGGGAAUAAUGCUAAUGCUUGGACUGAAGACCCUUUGGAGCUUAAAUCAUUGAAACAUGGCAGGUACCGCGGUUCUACUCAUGGAAGGACAGGCAAUGCACCUGACGACCUUAUCACUACCGUCGGGGGACUGGCCACUUUUGUCCAGAACAUGAGUCAAGAGUGGCGAGAAUAUAGGAGGCAUCAAAACCCGAACCAGCCUCCGCUGAAUGACAAUGCUGAGGAAAUUGCCAGACGGAGGUUGAAGGACUUCUGCAACUUUCAUCCACCUACAUUCGAAGGUGUAGAUAAUCUGGAGGCUGCAGCAAGGUGGCUGCAGAUGAUUGAGCAUAUAUUUGAACGGAAGGGAUGUCCAGAGGCUCAGAAGACUGAUUAUGCCUCAUACCAGUUGAUUGGGGAAGCAUUGACUUGGUGGAUCGGUGCGAGGGCUCUGCUGCGAGCUCAAAAUGUUGAUCUGACUUGGGCAGUGUUCAGACGGGUUUUCCUGGACAAGUAUUUUCUGAAGUCCAUGAGAAGAAUGAAGCAUACUGAACUGUUGUCACUAAGGCAGGGUAACAUGACUGUCAAUGAAUACAUCGCUAAGUUCGGGCAGCUGAUGGAAUAUGCCAACUAUGAUCGGAACAUCUAUGACAAAGAAUGGCAAGUGGAGAAAUUUGAAAGAGGAUUGCACCCAGAGAUCCGGAAGCUCAUUCUGACUACAGCUAAUCGUACUCUGCCUGAAUUAAUUAAUCAGAGUCGGCAGGCGGAAAAAAUUAUCAAUGAAGCCAAGAAUCUGUCAAAGCAGCCAAUGCAAUCGCAGGGAGGAAGCAAAGUGGGCCGGUUCUUCAGAAAGAUUACCGGAAUGAAUAAAGGCAAGGGUCCGCAGUUGCAAGCUCGGACUGGAAACUUCAAGAAAAAUAAUGCUCCUAGUCAAACAUCUGCCGAACAACAGGGUUCCAACGCUUGUCCUACUUGUGGGAAGAAUCAUACCGGAGUCUGCCGACGUGGAAACAACUUAUGCUACGGAUGUGGACAGUCGGGACACUUUAUUUCUGAUUGCCCACAGAAUCCUAAUCGAAAUCCUACUCAUGCUCGGGUGUUCACCCUUGAUGCAAAUGAAGCUCAGAAGUAUCCUAAUCUGAUUUGAGGAGGGCGGAAGAGCAUAUGAAGUCAUGAUUAUAUGGAUAUUUGCUGUUAUGUGCUGCUGUUAGGAUUUUUGUUGUUGUUGUUUAUUUGAUUGAUAACUGUAUUAAUUUGAG